AAGCUGGAUCAGUGUGUAGGGAGGGCAGUCAUCACGCCAUCCUGAGCAGCAAAGCUGACGCUGGACAAAGCUGCCAGGUAGCUGAGAAAAGGCACAGAAAGCAGCUGAUACCCACUUUUCAACGUUGGUGGUUGUUUUUUUGUUUUUUCUUUUUCUGUAGUCUGAAUCUGGACUUCAAGCAACACAGCGCCUGAGACAGCUCAUCUGAACCACACUGUAUUGCAAUACUCGCUCUUCCCAAAGAAAAAGAUUACACUGAGUAGCAGAAUGCUGCCGGUGUCGCAGCUAGGGCUACAAUACAGAGCCUUUUUGUAACAUUUUAAAAUCUCUUUCUGUUCAUAUAUUUACACAAGCGUACAUACACUCAUAUAGAAAUUCUUCCUUUUUUGAGAUCACCUUUGGCUUUUCUUACCCUGAUGUGACUUCUUCUUCAUCUUGGAAUGAUGGGGAUCUUUCUAGCUUAUGUUGGAUUCAUUUUCUUUUCAGUUAUGUAUAUUCAACAAGGACUUUCUACCCAAGCAAAAUUCACUGAGUUUCCCCGAAAUGUCACUGCCACUGAAGGGCAGAACGUGGAGAUGUCUUGUGCUUUCCAAAGUGGUUCCUCUUCGGUGUACCUUGAAAUCCAAUGGUGGUUUCUGCGGGCGGCUGAGGACCAAGAGGCUGGAGCUGAGGUGACAGGCACUCAGGUGGAGCUCUUGCCCGAGCGGGACCUGGACAGCGACGGCACGAAGAUCAGCACAGUGAAAGUACAAGGGAAUGACAUCUCCCACAAGCUGCAGAUUUCAAAAGUGAGGAAAAAGGAUGAAGGCUUGUAUGAGUGCAGGGUGACCGAUGCCAACUAUGGAGACCUUCAGGAAUACAAGGCCCAGGCAUUUCUCAAAGUCAACGCUAACAGCCACUCUCGGCGAAUGCAAGCCUUUGAGGCAUCUCCAAUGUGGUUGCAAGACAUGAAACCUCGCAAAAAUGUCUCAGCAGCUGUUCCAAGUAGCAUCCAUAACUCUGCCAAUCAGCGUGUGCGUGCCACCUCCAGCCCUGAAGCAGCAGCCAAAAUCCCCAAACAAAGUCCACAAUCAGGGGCAGGAAACAAAGGACAACAUAUGAACAUUUACAUCUGUCGGGAAGAAUUUAACUGGAUCCCUGUGGCCGAUAGGUCAAAAUGUGAGAAUCUCUGAUCCACACAUCAAGUAGAGUUUCACUAAUAACAUAGAAAGAAUAUAAGCAUACAUACUGCUGUUCUUCUUCCAGGUCGCAGUCUUUGAGGGUAACAAAAUUGUAGUCCAGUUUUUCCCAGUGUUCUUGAUCUGAAAUAAAAUUUAUUUUACCUUUCAUUAUGCUAAUUAUAAAAUAAUGUUAGAAACUACAGGGAAAUGAGUAAUUGAUUUAGCAAAUUCACAGCCAGAUUGACCAUUUCUUACUUAUAUUACCAUGCUCACAGUUCCAGUAAUACUACUUAUGUACUGAUCAGAAUUGUACACGAAAAAAUAAGCUGCAUGAAAACUCUGAAUUUGGAUACUCUGUAUUUUUGAGACCUUUGUAUUUGGAUCUUGAUCUGUACUUUGCCUCUGACUUAAGUCUAGAAAUAAUGAAAGUAAAUCUCUGAUUUAAACACCCUAUAACUUUUAGAUUUGCAGUCAAAAUGGAAAUUUCUGACUAUUUAUGCUUGCUUAUCCUUUAUUGAGAUGGAAAGCAAAAUAAUAGAGUAUGAGUAAAUGUGUCAGAAUAGAAAAAGGAAAAAAAUCUAAAAAGGCUGUUUUCAGUUUUGCUAUGUCAUUAUUCUAUAUUUGCAGCUUUCACCCUCCCAAAAUCUAAAUAAAUACUUGGGUUCAUGAGAGAAAAAAAUACAGCUCUUUUACACAUCUCCAGAAAACAAACAAACAAACAAACAAAAUGCUUUAGCACUUUAGCAUGCAUACUAAGCUAAAUCUUUUGCAAGAUAAAGAAAAACCAACUUGCUGUUUACAGAAAAAUAUUGAUGUAAAACAUGUGAUAUGAAUUGGAGGGAGGUUGUGAUUUAUACAGAGACUGAACAUUAGAAAUAAAAAUUUUGUCAUUUGUUUGCAA